UAAGUCUUAUUCAGGAGGAAGAAGAAGAAGCCCACAAUCGCUGACAGAAGAAAACAAUCGAACAACAUCGCCAUGGAAUCUUACCCAUUACAAUGCAUCAAAUCCUUUCUAUCUCCCUCUCCACCCUCCACCCGAACCAAACCCAUCUCAAAUUUCCUUCCGAUCAUCCAAACCAAACCCUUUCAAACCCAAAAUCAUUCCUUCCGGCCGGCGCCGGCGACACGGUACUCAGCAGCUCUAAAGAACCCGAGAGGCUUUGGGGCAGCGUCCCCGAAGAAAAGCAAGACGAAGAAGCAGCCAAAGAGAGACGAUGAAGAUGAUCCCGAUGCCGAAGAAGAACCUGUUGACGACACGAUACCUGAGGUAGUUACGAACCGGAUGAUGAGCAGGAUGGGAUUCUCGGUUGGGAUUCCGCUCUUCACUGGGUUGUUGUUCUUCCCAUUCUUCUAUUACCUGAAGGUAGUGAUGAAAAUUGAUGUCCCCACAUGGAUUCCUUUCGGAGUAUCGUUCAUCUUCUUUGGAUUGGCUCUGUCGGGGGUGAGCUAUGGGAUCGUGUCGUCGAGUUGGGAUCCGAUGAGGGAAGGGUCUUUAUUGGGAUGGAAUGAAGCUCAGAAGAAUUGGCCUGUGUUCUGGCAAUCUCUGUGGGGAAGAUCAGGAAAGAAGUAGAGAGAGAGAGAGAGAGAGAGAGUUUUUUAUGAGGGAUUUCCGUCUCCUCCUGUAUGGGGCUGAAAGAACAGAGUAUAUUUCUUUGUAUUUCUGUAUUGAAAAUUUUGAUUAAUUUGGCGAUAUAUGAUGUGGGUUAUUUCACAAA